CUUCGCGGCGUCAUCCUCUCGGCGGCCGUGGCGGCGAAGGCGACGGCGCGUUAAGAUACUCACAGGGGCGGCCCGUAUCCCUCCGCCGCCGGCGCGGUCCGGCCCUCCCUCCCCUAGCCCGCCAAUCCCCGCGCCUCCCGACCUGCCCGUCGGCCUGGGCCCACCCCGCGCUCCGGCGGUCCCACCCCGGCGGCGCCGCCCGCCCGUCCGCCCGCGCGUCCCUCCGUCCACCUGCAGCAGGCAGUCCCUCUGGCUGUCCGACGGAGCGGCGCCGGCAGAGCCCGAGGCCUGGGCUCUUGCUCCCCGGCGGAGGGAUCCGCGGCGGCUGAGGAGGCGGCGCUGAGAUUAGGUGGAAGAGGCAGCUACGGCGGCGGCGGCGGUAGCGGCGGCGGCGGCUCGGACGGCAGCGCAUAAAGGGGCCGCCGCCGGGUGAUGCGGUGACCGCUGCGGCAGGCUCAGGAGCCAAGUGGGCCCCGGCCCUCAGUUCGUCCUGCCGGACCCGCGCUCCCGAACUCCCCAUCUUCUCCGGCCGACCCGCGAUCACCGAGGCGGCCUCGCGCCCCCUCGCCCCUUCCCCGUCCCUCCCCUGUCCCCGUCCCCGCCCCGGGGGCCACCGCCACCCGCCUCCCACGAUGGCUCUGAAGAGAAUCCACAAGGAAUUGAAUGACCUGGCACGGGACCCCCCAGCACAGUGUUCAGCAGGUCCUGUUGGAGAUGAUAUGUUCCAUUGGCAAGCUACAAUAAUGGGGCCAAAUGACAGUCCCUAUCAGGGUGGAGUAUUUUUCUUGACAAUUCAUUUCCCAACAGAUUACCCCUUCAAGCCACCUAAGGUUGCAUUUACAACAAGAAUUUAUCAUCCAAAUAUUAACAGUAAUGGCAGCAUUUGUCUUGAUAUUCUCCGGUCACAGUGGUCUCCAGCACUAACUAUUUCAAAAGUACUCUUGUCCAUCUGUUCUCUGUUGUGUGAUCCCAAUCCAGAUGAUCCUUUAGUGCCUGAGAUUGCUCGGAUCUACAAAACAGAUAGAGAAAAGUACAACAGAAUAGCUCGGGAAUGGACUCAGAAGUAUGCGAUGUAAUUAAAGAAAUUAUUGGAUAACCUCUACAAAUAAAGAUAGGGGAACUCUGAAAGAGAAAGUCCUUUUGAUUUCCAUUUGACUGCUUUCUAUGAGCCCACGCCUCAUCUUCCCCUGUGCACAUGUUUACCUGAUACAGCAGUGCUGCGUGUUGUACAUACUUGGAACAACAAACUAGAAAUACUGUACUUCUGUACCAACAUUGCCUCCUAGCAGAGAAGUGUGUGUGUGACAAGCCAGUUCUCCAGGCGUAACCUAGGUGUGAGACUAAAAGUUUUCCUUAUUGACUUAAAUUUGGAUAACGGCAAGGUGAGGGGUGGUGGGUAUGGUGUGUGCUUGGAUGGGGAAGAAAAGCUCCACUGACCUGUAGGAGAUUGUUUUUAAGUGGAAUCCUUUUAAACUCAGAACAGUUAUGAAAAGCAAGGCGAAGAACACGAAGCUGUUUCUGUAUUCAUUUUUUUCCGAAGGACCUACGUCUUAGGUGAAAGUUAUGACCAACCAGAUUAAACUCUACCCACAUCCUGUAUUUUAAGGUCUAAGUUUAACUGGUCAACAUUUAAAUGGAUUGGAGCUAUUAGUACAUAAAGUGUGAUGGGCUUUGGUCCCACAUCUUUUGCAUCUCCCCACCCUUCAACCUUUGUCCUUUCAGCCCCUUUCUCUCUCCCACAUUCUUUGGUUUGUAUGUGGUUUCUCAGUUAAUACAUAGCUAAUAGCUCUUAUUUUUCUUAUGUUUUUAACUGCUUAGGUCUAUCUGGAUGUAAGGGUGAAAAUUCAUUUGAUGGAAAUACUUGUGUAUAUUUAAAGACCCAAUUGCUCCUCUGGAGCUUGUACGUUCAAGAAUGAUUAAUCUGUGUAAUAAACUGAUUACUACAGUCAUUACAUAUAAUUUUGUGUGAAUAGGCUUUUUGAUUUUAAGAACUUUGUCUAGCAGAGAUUAGUGGUGGGUUUUCCCCCCAUCCCUAAAAUGUUUUCAUUUAUACUGGUUGCAUUUCAAAAUCAUGAAACAAUUCCAGUUUACAUAGUCAAAAGGAUAUCUUGAAAGUAAUUUUACUGAAAAAGAUAAGGGCAUAAGCUUAAAAGCAUUUCCAUGAAACUUACAUGUGCAGUAUUCCAGGAACAUGACUGUUAAACUAAAUAAGAAAUCUGCUUUAUUAAUGAAACUAAGCUGCAUUUCACCAAAACCUUGUGACAUUCCCUUGGUACAUAGGACAUGAAAGAAAGGCAUUGCUAUUUGGUAAGUUAAGCUUCUGUGAUUGUGAUUGUAAAAGAGCAACAUUGACCAAACCUGGGAAACAUGAGCACAAUCUUGUAUUGGAGAGUCUACAUAAUUACUUUGCACUGACAUUGCAGGAUAUUCAUCCAAUUUUAAAUUGUACUGUAUGUGGCUUUUGAAGUCUUCCCUUGACUCUAGUAAAUUGUAGUUUGAAACUUGUAAACAAAUGUGUUUGCCAGAAACAUCAUUCAUGUGAACUAGGUAAGUUACCUUUUUUUCCCCUCCUUCUCCUAAUCUAAUUGUAAACCAGGCCAGCCUGAAGGCCAUGGCUGAUGCUCUCUAGCCAUCAGGUUCUUUCAGAUGCAUCUUUACACUCUUGCACAAAAACUGAGGAAUAAAUGUCCACUGCUUUUGGUUUUAAA